AUGUCAAAUCAUGCGGCACCACCGCUCUUAAACGCCAGAAAAUGGCCAAUACAUUUUGUUGAAUUAAUACAAAAUUUACAUCAAUAUACACAUGUCCCGGACAAAAUCGCAAUUGGGCAACCGGAAUACUUGGUGAUUACAAAAUCGGUGUUCAAUUGCCAAAGCUUGGAAAAUAAAAGUACCGGAACGAAUGAUCGGGUUACAGAAAAAGUACAAGACUAA